GAGCUUUUCGAUUUGGCGGCUGGCCUGACCGCAGUUGUCAACUGAUGAAGGCGGGGCUUAGGCGAACCCGGGAAGCUUUUGAAAAUUGCCCGCGCUGUGUGUGGUCGUGCUGCAUGUUGUUGUUGAAGACGUGUUUAACUGCGACUCUAACAUUUCAAAAUGAGGAUUUAUAAGGGAACAUCAGAUAAGAGUGGCCUUGUGGCUGUUAUCUUUUUCUUGUUGGGAAUGGGAACUCUGCUUCCAUGGAACUUCUUCAUCACUGCAAUGAAUUAUUUCACUGACCGUUUGAAAAAUGGUACAAAUUCUACACCGACUGACACGUACAUGUUUGGUAACAUGAGUGUGCUGUUAGCCCAGCUUCCCUUGCUGCUAUUCACACUUCUCAACUCCUUUCUAUACCAGCACAUUGCAGAGAAGAUGCGCAUUGCUGGCAGCAUGGUCUUCAUAUUACUGCUCUUCAUUCUCACGGCCAUUUUAGUGAAAGUUAAGAUGGACCAGGACCACUUCUUUUCCAUUACAAUGGCGACAAUCUGGUUUAUUAACAUGUUUGGGGCUGUGCUGCAAGGUAGUCUGUUCGGUCUGGUCGGUAAGCUGCCCCCGAGAUUCAACUCCCUGUUCAUGAGUGGACAGGCAGUGGCAGGAAUCUUCUCUGGUAUUGCUAUGCUGUUAUCGAAUAUCUUUGAAACUGACUCCGAGAGUUCUGCCCUGGGAUAUUUCAUAACCCCCUGUGUCGCCACUCUACUUACUUUAUGCUGUUACCUCGUACUUCCGCAUCUGAGAUUUGCCCAACUUCAUUUGGAAAAUGUGUCCACUAAAACAACAAUGAAAGAGCCAUCAGCAAAUAGUUGUGAGAUUGUUAAAGUGAAGUUGAAUCAUUUUGACAAUGGAUUUGAUGACACUGAAGGUGAAACAUGUAAAAAGCUGAAUGAGCUCAAACAGGAACCCACUGAGGAGAAGUCAACUGUGCCACAAGUCUUCAAAAAGAUUUGGGUGAUGGCUUUAUGUGUGACAUGCGUGUUUGCCGUCACACUGUGCGUUUUUCCAGCAAUUACCAUAAAUACAAAACCUUCUGGCUUAUUUGACGGGAAAGAUAACAUCUUCGUACCUUUGUGUUCAUUCAUUGUCUUCAAUGUGAUGGACUGGAUUGGCAGAAGUCUCACUUCUCGUCUUCAGUGGCCUUCGAUGAAGAGUCGUUUAUUCCCUUUUUUUGUGGUAUUACGGGUAGUUUUCAUUCCUGCCCUCAUGCUCUGCAACAUUCAGCCCCGCUUCUAUCUCCCAGUCUUCUUCAAACAUGACAUGGCUUAUAUCAUCAUCAUGUCUUUGUUUGCCAUGACGAAUGGCUAUUUUGCCUGCCUCUCCAUGAGCUAUGCUCCACAGCUGGUGAGGUCUAAAGAUGCAGAGACAGCAGGGGCUCUGAUGACCUUCUUCCUGGCUUUGGGACUCUCUCUGGGUGGCGCUUUCUCUUUUGGCCUGAAAAUAAUUGUUUAGGGAAGAUCCCACAGGCUGACACUUCUGUUAUCUCACUAUCCCAUUAUCCCCAAACAUAAACAUGUUUCAAAUGACUACUGUUUUGAGGCACGGGUAUACUUUUCUCUUGUUUUCCUCACUUUAUCUUGUGCACAGUUGAGCGUGCAAGUAUACUCCAUUGACCACAAGCAUGUAUACAUUCUGUACAUUCGGUUCAGACUAGUGGCACUUACUUUCAAGAAUUCAGUGUUGUCCAUGUGAACAAAAAAUGGGCUGCACACGGAUUGUGUGCACAGACAUCAGCAGACUGUACAGAUGUCAAAAAUUUAUAAAAUAUACUUUGGGCUUUAUAGCGCUUUAUAGUCAUGGUUUCUGAAGAUCUCAUAAAGGGAAAAAACCUGAAAUUUAGAUACUGUAGAUGUAAACUUUUCUCUUAACCUUUUAAUUUAUGUGUCUGUAUUUUAAAACUUGCAUUUCCAUGGGGUGUUUUUUAAGGGAAGUCUUUUACCUUUAACAUGUUUAAUAAUUUUUUAAUUCGCAAUCAGUUUUUUACAUCAAAUGUAUGUUUUUAUAUGUGGUAUGUUUUUUAUAUUUUUAUUUAUUUUUAUUGGUGUUUUUUAUUAAUUUGAUUUAUUUUUCUUUAAUAUUUUGUAUGAUUUUUGUGUGUUUGAUUUGUUGUUGUUUUACUCAGUUUUUAAUAAAAUUGUAAAAUAUAGCAAACGCUUCAUGUACAAUCGCUUCACCUUCAACCGGUGGGUAACUGCAGACACCAGUCAGGAAAAGGUUAAAUUUUCUAAUGUCUUGUGGAAUUCUGUGGAUUUAACAUGAAUUGUCCUAGUUUUUAUGUCCAAGUAAACAUUACUGUUUGAGUAAUGGCAAAUUAUUGACUAACUUAAGCACUCUAGACUGAUGAAAUGUACUCUAAGCACUUAAUAGUGAUGUUUUCAUUAAGUUCAUGUAUAUACAGUGAGGAAAAUAAGUAUUUGAACA